AUGAGCAAAUCAAUAGACGUCUCUAAGCCAAUCACCUAUCCCAAGUGGUUCGGGGGUUCCGCAUCAUAUAUGGCAGUCCUUGUCUCUCACCCUUUGGACCUGAUAGUUACCUAUGGCUCCGUCAGCAUCGGCCUCUACGAGACACUAAAAAAACAAACCAAAACAGUACUCCCACCUCCCCAUUAUGGCCUCUUAGCAGGAAUCUCUGCAUUUAUUGGUGCAUUCCUCGGCAGCUCCUCAGAUAUAGGUAAUAUCCGCAUGCAAAAUGACGGUUCACUGCCUCUUCAUCUUCGUCGCAAUUACCGGCACAUAUUUGACGGCGUGGAGACUAUGGCAACACUGAUUCUUUUGGAGCAGCACAAGAGGUUAUAUAGGACUUUCAAAGAGAAGACAGAAUUCAGAAAAUCUCACUAUAAGUCAGCCCUUUCACAUUAG